AUGUCUUCCGGUCUGCUCUCCGCAUCCCGUGCCGUGCCUCCGGGACAGCCGGGGCCGGAUGCCGCCUACGUCGACCCCGACACACUCCGCACCACCUUUGCCCUCGCAAUGUCUACUAUGUACAAGGCCGAAGUUCCCCUCUAUGGCGACCUCAUCCAAAUCGUCCAGAAAGUCAACAGAGAUGCACAGGCAAGAAAGCUUGAGGGCCUCGAAGGCUCCGCAACGAUGGAUGCUAGCAUCGACCGUCUUACACUUGAGAGACAUGGUGCCAUUCGUCUUGGAACACCCGAAGAACUACACACCGUCCGCCGCAUAUUUAACCUUCUCGGCAUGCACGCGGUCGGCUACUAUGACCUGUCCGUUGCGGGAUUGCCGAUGCAUGCAACAUGCUUCCGUCCAACAUUGCCUGAGUCUUUAGAGCGCAACCCGUUCCGCGUCUUCACAACACUUCUCCGCCCGGAGCUUUUGAAAUCUGGUUCUGCACGAGGCGUAGCACUGAACCUUCUCAAGAGACGAAACAUCUUUAGCGACGCCCUCAUUGACCUCCUCGAUAUCGCCGAGUCUAGACAAGAAGGUCGCUUAACCCCUGAGCAGGGAGAGCGGUUCGUCAUCGAGGCUCUGCGCACAUUCAGCUGGCAGCCUUUGGCUGCAGCGACACAUGAAGAGUAUGCUCUUCUUCGCGACGAACACCCGAUUUUGGCGGACAUUGCCUGCUUUCGGUCAUCACACAUCAACCACCUCACACCUCGCGCCCUCGAUAUUGCCGCCGCCCAAGAGGCAAUGCUUGCAGCUGGCAUGGCCGUGAAGAGCCGGAUUGAGGGUCCACCACCGAGGAAAUGCCCCAUUCUCUUGAGGCAAACCAGCUUUCUAGCACUGCAAGAGGGAAUCCAAUUCGCUGUUUCUGGACGAGAUGAGUUCGUCGACGGAUUCCACAAAGCGAGGUUCGGUGAGAUUGAAGAGAGAGGCGCUGCUGUCACACCUGCAGGCAGGAAACUGUACGACGAGCUUCUCGACGAGGCCAUGGCGAAAGCACAAAAAAGUGGCAAGGUUGAACCAUCUGGUGUAGAUCAAGUUUUCAAGGAGACUUUCGAGAAGUUCCCUGACGAUUGGGACGAGCUGCGUCGCCGCGGCCUUGUUUACUCGGAGUAUAAAUGCGCCGAGGGUGCUCGGGAAAAGCUAGCUGGCAUUCCGAACCUUGAAAUCGUCGACCCAACCUCCUUACUUGACCAGCUUGUCUCUGCUGGAGUACUGGAGGCUCUUCCAAUUACCUAUGAAGACUUUCUUCCGUUCUCGGCCGCUGGCAUCUUUCAGUCCAACCUUCAAUCCAGUACCAGCACCAGCGACUCGGCCAUGGAUGAGGAGGACGCAGCAAAACCAGACUUACACGGUUACGAGAAAGCUUUGAAAUGUCAUGUGUUGGAUGCAAACGAAUUAUAUGCUCAGGCGCAGCGCAGUAGUUUGAAGAGGUGCGCCGAAGAGUUGGGUCUUAGUCUUCAGGACGUUUCUAGGUUUCUAUAG